ACAAUAAUAACCUGGGGUCCAGCGAAGCUGACCGGAUGCGAUUCAGCCGCCGGGCACUGCUCAUCAUGUCUUACGAUCACCCGAGACAAUCAGAUUAUGUCUGUUUAUUAUUCAUGGAUGACCUCCCCGGGACAGUAUGCACUUGUUUCCGAGUUGGUUUGGUCUUUGCUUGCAUUCCAGAGCAGUCAUUGCAACCUACGCUCACAGUUAGAACAAAAUUGCUGAUCUGUCACUUACACGGCCCGAGUCAUGUCGAAACGUAAUCAGUUUACUACGGUCACGCCGCUCCCGGCAGGAGUCACACGGCAGAUCGUUCUUGAUCUCCUUCACGACCACGAGGAAAUGAUCGACCUGAACCCCUUAGUCAAGGAGCGGCAUCCAAUCUCCACGCCGCCCCAUGCUCAGGCAGACGAGCUACACUGUCAAUGGUACUCUUUGACGGACAAGAUCGCAUACUUGCCCGGUGUGGCUGGGGAUGUGAGCUACACAUGCGCCUUCAACGACCUGCCAACCGGCCUUCAAACGCACUGCUAUGCGCCGGCUGGGUUGACCAUCCGCGACAAAUGGACCGUUGGCGGCUCUCUUUCGGGUGAGCCCACAGAACCGAUAGAGCUGGGACUCCGGGUGCCGCCGUCAGUACUUUACCUCCGCGAAGACGUCGACAUGCGCUGCAAUGUGAUCAUGGCAGGCUUCGUCAAGAAGACGCUCAAGAAAUCGCACGCGGCACUCGUCGAUAGGCUAAAAGUAAAGGCCCAGAUUGCGACUUCUGCCAGCAGUUUCAAGGCGAACAGAAACAGUAGCAGCAGUGCCGAGUCGUCCGAGCCGACCAAGCCGAUAGGCGGCGGGACCGCGCGGCGAAUUAGCAUCAGCAGCCUUCCCUACCAUCUCCUAUCUGCAUCUGUCCCGACCAGUCGCCCCUCUUCCGUGGCUUCCUCCGUCGUCAGCACCGCGUCAUCACCCUCAAUCUACAGCACACCAAGCAGUCCGACGUUGUCGUCGCCAGCUAGUAGUCUCGGAGCGGGCCCGGCGAGUUCAGCGUUGAGUCCGCCGACAGCUCACAGCAGCGGGCCCCAACGCCAAUCUAAACAACGACCGGAUGAAUCCGUCGCGUGGCUAUCUCUAGCUCUGCGGACAGCGAACAGGACCGAACAGAAACCCGAAAUUGCGUCCGUGAGCGUUCGGAUCUCGGAGCCAGAAACACCUUUCCUCCUCCAGCAACAGCCCGACUGGCCGCUAACGACACAAAGAGCUGUCCCGGCGCCGCGCCGUCAGGGCCAGCUAUUAUUACAUGCGUAUGGGCUUCCGGCCAGUCACUCUUUCUCGGCCGGUGCUGCGUCCAGCAACAUGGAAUCACCAAACAACUCCAUAUCCGCCGGGAGGGAUGACGUCCUCUCACCUGACGCUCUCUGGCACGCUCUGGGCGGUGGACGCUUGGCCGCAACGAACGCGGCGAACUACAAGGCCAACAGCAGCCAACAACCUCACCCUGGCAACCACAAUCGCGGCCACCCGGAUUAUCCCCAGAUGGGCCCGUACGACGACGAGAGCAAUGGAGCUGUUGUCGAGCUGGGUGUGGCGGGCUUACGACCGCUUCCGUUGCGUGCGAAGCCUUAAGCUGAUGCCGGUUAGGACAGCGAUGAACGGGCCUUUUGCUGCCGAAUUGAUUGAACGUUAACGGGAGGUCUGUUUGUGUCGAAAGCUGUUAUAUAUCAAGGUGUUUGGCGCACAUUUUCUGUUUGUCGAGCAUUGUUGUAGGGAAAGGGAUGGUUCCAAGUCGGUAGCUUGCAUGCAAUACCCCGGAUACUAAAUGAGUAACGAUGGUCUUUUCCUGCUGAUUGUGUAGCGUUAGGCCGAGGGUCAUAUAGAAGGAGUGUUGUACAUUCCUCAGCCCUAACAGGACUUUGAAUCUCAAGU